UUUGGGUGUAGUGCACAACUGCAAACUUACUUCUCAUGCAAUUUGUCUCAUCUUCCAAAUGAUUAAAUGCUAAACGACUGAAUAUCUCUCAGUUUAUGCUCCUAUUUUGCCAGUAGGUUUCUCUGGCGACUUCCAUCGCCGCUGCCUCUCUCUAAGGAGAAAUUUCUUUGAAGAAUCACUCAACCGAAAAGUUGAUCCCCUUUGCUAAUGGCGCGCUUUCUGUUCACCGUCAUCGUCCUAUGCUCCCUUUCGAGUUUGAUCUUCGUCAACACUCUGGGUAUUCGAAGGCCAGCUCCUAACGAUGCAAAACAGUUACGCUUCGAUCGAAAAAAGGGCGAGUUUAGGAUUCUGCAGGUAGCUGACAUGCACUACGCUGACGGCAAGAAGACUCCUUGUUUGGAUCUAUUACCACAACAAUUCGCCCAUUGCACCGAUCUCAAUACUAGCAAUUUCAUAAACCGUAUGAUCGAAGCCGAGAAACCGGACCUCAUCGUUUUCACAGGCGAUAAUAUCUUCGGAUUUGACGCAGAAGACGCAGCUGCGUCGAUGAACGCAGCCUUCGCCCCCGCUAUCGCAUCGAAAAUCCCAUGGGCUGCAGUUUUAGGUAACCACGAUCAAGAAUCAACGUUAUCGAGAGAAGGUGUCAUGGCGCAUAUCGUCGGAAUGAAGCACACGCUGUCUCGAUAUAAUCCUCCUGACGUAGAUGUUAUCGACGGUUUCGGGAAUUACAAUCUCGAAGUUCAUGGAGUCGAAGGGUCGAGUCUUAUGAACAAAUCGAUCCUCAACUUGUACUUUCUCGACAGUGGCGAUUACUCUACCGUCCCCUCGAUUCCCGGUUAUGGAUGGAUCAAACCGUCUCAACAGUUUUGGUUUCAAAAGACGUCUAAAACACUUCAAAAGAAAUCUAAAGCACCCGCGCUUGCGUAUUUUCACAUCCCAUUGCCAGAAUUUGCGUACUUUGAUUCGUCAAACUUUACCGGCGUGAGACAAGAAGGGAUUAGCUCCGCUUCGGUGAAUUCCGGGUUCUUUACAACGUUAGUUGAAGCGGGUGACGUGAAGGCGGUUUUCACCGGUCAUGAUCAUAUUAACGAUUUUUGUGGGAAGUUAACAGGAAUUAAUCUUUGUUAUGGUGGCGGGUUUGGGUAUCAUGCAUAUGGGAAGGCUGGAUGGUCAAGAAGAGCGAGGAUGGUUGUGGUUUCGUUAGAAAAGGUGUCGCAUGAUGAAUGGGGUGCGGUCAAGUCUAUUAAAACAUGGAAGCGGCUCGAUGAUGAAAAGUUAACUGCCGUUGAUGGUCAGGUUCUUUGGAGCCAACAACCAACCGGGAGUCGUAGAAAGAAGCCGGUUCAUCUUGGUUGAAUGGUUCAGAUGUUUCAAACAUGAUCUUAGUUCUCAUUGUGUUUACACUAAAAAGUUCAAUCUUUCUAUUAAUAGUUCACACUUUAACACUAAAAAUAUCAAUCUUUCUAUUAGUAGUUCACACUUUAAGAGGAGGUAAGCAGUUUGUGUUAGGCUCUUAUAUUGAACACUUGAACAGUGCUAUUUCUUGUUGCUAGAAAGAAUAUAUAAAUCUUGUAGUUUUAAUGGAUUUAUCAAGGUAUGAUGACAUGGUAUGAUU